AUGUAUUGCAGAGUCAUUUUCUAUGUUUUGCCACUUUUAGGUGUUCUUCAGAAUAUUUUCAAGGUGAAACUGUCUGCGUAUGCGUGCAACGAUGACAUAGAAUGCAAAGGUAACUCUCUGAACGCUUCGUCUAUAAGUAUUUGUUGUUCUGGCUUAUGCCAGUUAUGGUGGAAUUGCCGCGACGGUUGUAUUUCAGACGAUUCUUGCAGUGGCGGUAAAAUCUGCAUUCAAAAUCGGUGCCAAGAGGACGAAGUCUUUUUGGCAGCUUCCUGCGAUGCUGAUUUCGAUUGUUCCAAGAACGAGGAGUGUGAAUCUGGCCAAUGUAAGCCUGCUCCAAUACCUGUACCAACGGACGCUUCCUCCCAUCUUUCAGUUCGCUUUCACUUCGAUAUCAAUGUUGUUGUUAUAAUCUCAGCCGUUGUGGGCGGUUUGAUCUUUCUCGCUGUCGUCGGCUACGGAUCCUAUCGCUUCUUAAAACGGUACAGAAGACGACGAUUUUCACGUGGAUUGUAUUCUCAGCCCUCGCGGAACUCUUUUGAAUAUUACUUUUUGUGCAGGCAACAUUCUACACCAUGGGUUAUUUUGCCCGGAAGAACUUUAAGACCACCCCCUGAAUAUGAUUCCGUCACACUGGACAGUAACUUGGAGGUGGAAUCACCACCACCAUAUGAUCAACAUCAUGUGACUUCUUCCUCAAGGUCGUCUGAAGAGCAGGUUUGAGAUUUUUUCGCUGUAUGUUUUGUUUUAAUAUCUGUGGUGUCAAGGGGGAGUAGAAUGUGUGUCUGGUUGCAUGUAUAUUCAUUUACCGGUACACAUGACUGUUCAGUAAUAAUUGUACUCAAACAUAUUUCCCCAUUUGAGUUCUCUCUACCCAAGUUCAUGCACCAGUUUUUGUUCCUUCAUCAUAUACUAGAUGGGGCACUGUCUGUCACAUUGUCUGGUUUGUUUGUUUCAUUUUAUGUACUCUUAAGCUGGACAUCAUUAGGACUGGCCUCAAAUGUCUGUGUUAAAAAAGGUGUCUGUCUCAUGAAAGUCAAAAAAAGUUCACCAUGCUAGCUCAACCUAACACCAUUCGUCUCACAGUGUUCUCAAUAUCCACUUCAAUGUUACUCUUUUAUAACUGACAACUGUCGUGUCAACUUGUGGGAUUCAACACAAGAGUUUUUUCCUUCCCACCUCUCAACACUUCAAACGCAAAAAGACAAGGACAAAAGCAGGGAAAGCAGUGUUCCUAGAUAAAGUUUCUUAAUAUCUACCCAUGCAGCACUAUGUUGUGUGAUUACGGAGCACACACAAGGUGACUUAUGGUUGUCGCCAUGCUUACAACUGUUGAGGUCAUUUUAUGCAUGUUGUCAAACUACAUGUAUUGUUCUCAGCGAGUUAGCCUCUAUGGGACGAAAUGGUGAACAGCAAUACAGUCAACUCCCGUUAUAGCGGACACCCUCGGGACCGCGAUUUGGGGUCCGUAAUAGCGGGGUGCGGAGAAAAUUUUUAUUUUAAACCAUAUUUACAGAAGGGGGUCACAUGUGUGUUCAUUUUCAUUAACUCCAGUACCUUUUUUAGACCCGUUGUCGCAAGUGAAGAGCGUCAGAACUUUAUUUACAAACAGAACAGAACUUAACAGAACGGGAGUUACGUACCCUUUGUGUANUUUUUUGGGCAAAUCACUGUCCAAAGAUAUGUUGUUUUUGUGUCCACAGUGGAGCUCCGGACCUUAUAUAUCCAGGAACUUCCUUAUAUGAGCACAUUUUGUGAAUGCAUCUCGAAAAAAAUCGGACCUACGCAUGCACAUUUCCAGUACAACGCAAGGAAAUCAGUGUCGUUAAAGUCCGUUUUACUAUGAGGUAUUCUUCGAGAAAAUUUACUAACGACAAGGUUAUAACCACAGCUUGCAACUUUUGAAGACAAAUUGCCUGUUCUUUCCAGGUUAUGAGUGGAAACAUUUUAUUUUUAGGCAAUAAAACAUUUGAAAUCCCGCCAUUUUUUCAAACCCGGCCAGGGGAUCUGGGCGAAAAAGUUCGCGCAUGCUCAUUACGUUUUUCCGCCCUGAACUUGCCAAGUGGCCGCUCCCUCCACUAAGGUUGAGGAGAAGACUGAGGAGAGUGGGUCCGGAUAAAAUAAAAAAGAAAGCCAGCGGAACAAAGCGGAACCUCAAAGAGGAAUGUAGUUGAUGGUAGUUUACACGGCAUGUAUUGCAGAGUCAUUUUCUAUGUUUUGCCACUUUUAGGUGUUCUUCAGAAUAUUUUCAAGGUGAAACUGUCUACGUAUGCGUGCAACGAUGACAUAGAAUGCAGAGGUAACUCUCUGAACGCUUCGUCGAUAAGUAUUUGUUGUUCUAGCUUGUGCCAGCUAUGGUGGAAUUGCCGUGGCGGUUGUAUUUCAGACGAUUCUUGCAGCGGCGGUAAAAUCUGCUUUCAAAAUCGGUGCCAAGAGGACGACUUGGUUUUUCGAACUCACUGCGGUUAUGAUUUAGAUUGUUCCAAGAACGAGGAGUGUGAAUCUGGCCAAUGUAAGCCUGCACCAAUACCUGUACCAACGGACGCUUCCUCCCAUCUUUCAGUUCGCUUUCACUUCGAUAUCAAUGUUGUUGUUAUAAUCUCAGCCGUUGUGGGCGGUUUGAUCUUUCUCGCUGUCGUCGGCUACGGAUCCUAUCGCUUCUUAAAACGGUACAGAAGACGACGAUUUUCACGUGGAUUGUAUUCUCAGCCCUCGCGGAACUCUUUUGAAUCUUACUCUUUGUGCAGGCAACAUUCUACACCAAGGGUUAUUUUGCCCGGAAGAACUUUAAGACCACCCCCUGAAUAUGAUUCCAUCACACUGGACAGUAACUUGGAGGUGGAAUCACCACCACCAUAUGAUCAACAUCAUGUGACUUCUUCCUCAAGGUCGUCUGAAGAGCAGGUUUGAGAUUUUUUCGCUGUAUGUUUUGUUUUAAUAUCUGUGGUGUCAAGAGGGAGUAAAAUGUGUGUCUGGUUGCAUGUAUAUUCAUUUACCGGUACACAUGACUGUUCAAUAAUAAUUGUACUCAAACAUAUUUCCCCAUUUGAGUUCUCUCUACCCAAGUUCAUGCACCAGUUUUUGUUCCUUCAUCAUAUACUAGAUGGGGCACUGUCUGUCACAUUGUCUGGUUUGUUUGUUUCAUUAAUUUUAUGUACUCUUGAGCUGGACAUCAUUAGGACUGGCCUCAAAUGUCUGUGUUAAAAAAGGUGUCUGUCUCAUGAAAGUCAAAAAAAGUUCACCAUGCUAGCUCAACCUAACACCAUUCGUCUCACAGUGUUCUCAAUAUCCACUUCAAUGUUACUCUUUUAAAACUGACAACUGUCGUGUCAACUUGUGGUAUUGAACACAAGAGUUUUUUCCUUCCCACCUCUCAACACUUCAAAUGCAAAAAGACAAGGACAAAAGCAGGAAAAGCAGUGUUCCUAGAUAAAGUUUCUUAAUAUCUACCCAUGCAGCACUAUGUUGUGUGAUUACGGAGCACACACAAGGUGACUUAGGUUGUCGCCAUGCUUACAACUGUUGAGGUCAUUUUAUGCAUGUUGUCAAACUACAUGUAUUGUUCUCAGUGAGUUAGCCUCUAUGGGACGAAAUGGUGAACAGCAAUAAUAAUUAUAAUAAUGGCAUUAAUUCAGGGUAGUGUGUAUGUAUUUUCAAUGAAUUGCUUUUAAAAACCCUGUUUUUUAUAAUGGUAAAAAUAAUGAUUGCAGAAAUAAAAUGUAAGGUAAUUUGACAGUAUCAACAAACAAGGUUCAAAGAUCAUGAAUUUUGUGAUGAAAGUGAAGUAUAACCUUCUUUCAUUAGCCUUCAUUGUUGAUUCUGUAAGCUGUAAAAUAAUAGAUUACAGAACAGAAUCGCCAACCACCUGCCACUUCCCUUUAAGGAAGCAUUGUUGAAAUAAUAUUUUUUUUGUUUUCUUUUUUCUCACAUUGGGGACAUAAAAUAUAUGUUUCAAUCUUUUGGACCAAAAGUUGGGGUGUAUUUUACCAAGUCAGAGCUAGAGCAAUGUUAUAAAUCUUGGUCUGCCCCUCAUUGGUGAAUAAUAUUUCUAUUUUGUAUUAUUUUACUUGCCUUAUUGUAUUUGUACACACUGUUGUACACACUGUUGUUAAUUUUUCUCUAAGCUUAUGCUCUCAUUCACUCAGUAUCAUUUAAUGCUGUUGGUCCCAAGCUGAUAAAGAAGUUCAGAAAAAAAAUUGUUGCAGCCGCAAACAAAUUGUUUUUUAUUUUCUGAGUUGCACUGCAUAUUUUUAUAAUGAACUGCAGUCUACAUACAUUAUGUAGGUUCUGAUGACAAAAAAGGCUCAGUGGACUGUAAUAGUAAUUGACUACAGAGCAUACAUUAAGUUUGACACCUAAAAAAGCAAGACCAGUGCGUCAACAUUGAUCAAGGCUGUUCCAUAGUUAAUCAUUGUCAUGAAACGAGGUGACACUAAAGACCUACAAAAUUGCUAGGUAAUUUGUUUUCAAAAUGAAUGUCUUUGAAAAUUGUUUUUAUCAGGACAAUAAUAUGCAGCCCAAAGGUUAUUAAUAGUUAAUUUUUCUGUGCAGCCCAAGGUAUAUGUAAGAAGUAUUGUUGUUUUGUAUUUCUUACAAGUUCUUGAUUUUUAGUACAGUACAGCGAAGUGACUUGUAGUUACAUCUGUACUUCAUGACUGUAGGCUAUUUUACCAGUUCUCUGUGAACUGAUUACAUACGUGUACAGCUGUAUUUUGUAUUUACCCUGCAAAGAACAGAAGACUGUAUGAGUUAAUUAAGGUGGCGCCGUGUACUCUCUGCUGGCGGUAUAUUACCAGGUCACUCUCAGAGGUGAUUCAUCAACAGAGAUGUGUACUGUAGUUCAGUGUAAUCUUCUGCGGACAAAAUCCAAAGGUGUUAUGGUUCAAAUUUCUCUUCAAUGUUGCCUUCAGUUUUAAUUUAGUGGGUAUUUAUUUUGCAAAACAAUGUUUGUGAAGUUUUUAAUAUUUUGCAUUUGGUGGUUAUGAUUAUUGAAAUAGUUUUAUCCAUGCAAUUCUUCUCUAAACAAAACAACAGUUCAGUUUUUAUGUUGGGGUUGGCGGGUAAGAAAAGUGUUUCUUCCUUUUUUACCCCGAUACACCUUUGUGAGUGGACACCCUCGCGACGCGAAAUGCGUGAAAUCAAUGUGGAAAUACAGACUUUGAAUGGAAGUUAAGAAAAACAGGGUUUUGUGAAGGUGGCCGUUAGUAGAGCUGUGUGCUUACAAAUGUAUGAGUGUCCAUUAGGAGAGUUUCCACUAUAUCAACACACAUAAUUAUUCUUUUUCCUAUUUUUCUAAUACAAAUGAUAGGGAAAAUAAUUUUCAACAAUUAUUGUUAAUUGUCAAAGGUAAUAAUGAAAGAUCAUACAUGUAUUUAUUUUCUUGUUUUAAAUGCAAUGUCUUUGUUGAUUGCUAUUUGGGCCGUAGAAGGUAGAAGAAACAACAGUGAAAUAAUUCUAAAAUUUAAAACUAUUUUUAUUAAGACUUAGCGGUGAUAUUGUCUAGUUCAACAUAAUUAUUGUAAAUCCUAGUGUGGAAAUGAUAGCUUCAUUUAAAAUGAUCAUCUGGAAGUGUCCCCAUUUAUAGGCACUUUGGUAAGAUUCAAAUGCUUAACACCGGAAUAAAUUAUUGGUUUGCUAAAAAGGGGUGAUGACCAACCUUCAUAUUUCCAGUCAAACUGAAAAACUGGAAACACGUAAAAUAUUUGAGGAAUGUUUUUUGUGUUAUGGCCAUGAAUCAGAGCAGCAUGUGAGCUAGCCAUGAAAACACAAUGUAAUUCAGGUUGUUGCUUGUGCUUUACUGUCUUCCCACCUGAUUAGCUUCUGAUUCUUGCAAUUCAAUAACACUCCAGAAGUAUUUCUGGUUUUCAUGUUUUACCUUUUUGAGUGUAAAUGUACAUGUACGUGUAGAAAUUAGCUCUUCCUUGAAGAUUGCUGCUGACCCAUAACCCUUUUAAAGAACACUGUCAAGGAACUGUUCCAGAGAAACUCAAACAAUAUUUGUAAGGUGGCAUAGAUAUGCACUGUUGUUCACUUAACUUUGAUGCCCAGUGUUUGGUGUUGUUUAAAAUGCUACAGGUAGUGUUAGUUAGUGGAUUUUAUCCUUUUUUUAUUUGUUUGGUUUAGUUCGAAGAAUGUCCUUAAUAUAACGUCUUCUUUUUUUAGGUGUAG